CGGUGAGCCGCGCUCAUUCUUAGGCGAGACAUUGUGCAGCACGGUUGUACGUGACCGAGACAGUUAUUUGCAAUAUAUAUCUUCGUUCGCGGAAGAAGUGCUAUCGGUAUAAGAGAGAGUACCUCUUUAGUGGCUUGGUGAAAGGAACACGAGUGUGGUCAAAACGAAAAUCAUGGCUGACAGUGGUAUCAAGCGUAAUAUUCCCAUCAAGCUGGGUGACUUCAGCGUAAUCGACACCGAAUUUUCCAACAUACGAGAACGCUUCGACGCCGAGAUGAAAAAGAUGGAGGACGAGAUGUCACGGUUCCGUAGCGAGCUGAUGAAUCGCGAAAGCAACAACUUCUUUAAGAGCACCACAAGUCGACAUCACACGAGCACCAGCGAACACCGUACAUCGACGACCUCGAAGACCGAAGGUUGGGACAAGGUCGAUCCUGCAGCACCGCCAAAGCGGUCCGCAUUCGACAGCUUCAAAAGCACUACCACGCAGAGCACUCAGAACAGCAGUUCUCUGAGUCCUCAGCAUGAUUCCGCUUGGUUGGACGGUUUGAACAGCCCUCUGAUCCAGGAUGAAGGCGAUAGCAAAAUGUUGAAGCUCCGAUUCGACGUCUCUCAGUAUACCCCGGAGGAAAUUGUUGUUAAAACCGUGGACAAUAAACUGUUGGUCCACGCGAAACACGAAGAAAAAACGGAAAGCAAAUCGGUAUACAGGGAAUACAACCGCGAGUUCUUGUUGCCAAAAGGAACAAAUCCAGAGAGCAUCAAGUCUUCGUUGAGCAAGGACGGUGUCCUGACCGUUGAAGCUCCACUUCCGGCGAUCGGAACGGGCGAGAAGCUCAUCCCCAUCGCGCACCAGUAGAAACCCCAUGAACGAAAACGAUUCCCUUGAAACUCCCUUCGACGCUCCAUCAUUCGUGUGCCCCUCAGAUCGCUCCUUCCUGUUCCUUUCCAUCGAUUCCUUUAUAAUAAAUUCAAUUUCUUUUUCUUUAUUUCCCUCUUAAAUUCUUUCGCUGUGGACUUCAAGUUUUUGUCCUCUUUUCAAUUCACGAAGAUCAAUCGCUUCUUGUUCGAAAAGAAAUCAUUUGUGAGAUGUACAAUAAAGUAAAUGGGGUUCACGGCGCGUAUUCAACGAAGAGAAAAAGUUUAGGAUUCUUUCGACCAAUUUUUGUCCCAAGAUGCAAAGUACAAUGCUGAAAAGAAAGUACAUCGAAAACAAGAAUUAAUUCAUUGUUUUUGAGAAAUUUAACUCCAGCGAAUAAACGUUCGAGAUCGAAUAGGAUAAUUUUUGCCACGAUAUCAUAUCGAAAGAUGAAUUUUCAAAUUCACUAAUCGUUUAUUCGAGAGCUGGCAGAUUAUCCUGAGAACAGCCUAAUUUUGUAUAAAAAUUAAUAUAUAACUAUUUGAUAUGCAGUGUUUCUUUUUCGAUUAGCUUUGUCGCUUUGAUACUUCUUUAAGAUACACGUGUUUUUACCAUCGUUUCGACCAGAAUCGAUUUGUAAUUUAAAGUAUUUAUGGUCGGCGAAAUAUAAAAAAA